AGAUCCUGUUUUCUUACGCAUGCGCAGAAAUUGGUGUUUUCAGAAAGCACGUGGUGAUCGACAAUCCUCCGUGAAGCGAAUAACGCCGAGAGGAGUUGAUUUUUGUUGUAUUUGUUUGAAACGUAAUCUAUUGUGUUUAAGAUGGCAGAUGAAGUUAACCCCAAGGCGUAUCCCCUGGCUGAUGCCAAGCUGACUGAGUCUAUCUUGGACUUAAUCCAACAGGCAGCUAACUACAAGCAGUUGAAGAAGGGGGCCAAUGAAGCCACUAAAACACUGAAUCGUGGGAUAUCCGAGUUCAUUGUGAUGGCUGCCGAUGCUGAACCUCUGGAGAUUCUCCUCCACCUGCCCCUGCUCUGUGAAGACAAGAAUGUGCCAUACGUUUUCUGCCGAUCUAAGCAGGCCUUGGGUCGUGCGUGUGGUGUGUCUCGGCCAGUGAUAGCAUGCUCAGUGGUGGCCAAGGAGAGCUCAAUGAUCAGCACCCAGAUCACCGAGGCCAAGCUUCGCAUUGAGAAACUUCUUAUCUGAACCCCAUAUUGCCUCAGGUUUAUUUGUGCCAGAAUCAGUCUGUGGUCUCUCCAGUGUGGGAUACUGAACUGACGAAGGAGCAUUUAUUUUAUACAAGCACUGUAUAUGGAUACCAGUUUGGUUUUAUCAUUUUCUUGUAGAUACUGUCAUCAUCAUAAUAAAUACUGAAACAGUCAA